CUUAGAUCCAUCGUCCCUUGUAAUUAAUAUCCAGAUUGUCCAUUGACAACUCGCCGCUCAUUCCAUGCAUACAUCCAAUCCAUAGCGCAGACAAACACGUCCACAUCCACAUCCACAUCCAUGCAUCCUCUCCCGCGCACUCCACGCCCCAUCCUAUGACACCAUUUCCAUCCGGCUGGCCCAUCCAACCCAAACCCAAAAAGCAUACGCAGAGAUGCUCCGAACAGCCCUCCCCCUCUCCAACCUAGUCGAAUACACCGGCCUCUCAGGCGCGCGCUACCUGCCCGGAAAGCCCGCGCACGGAAGACCGUAUAACCGCGAACGCGUGCAAUGCGCAACAUCCGGCCUCGAGCAAUUCAUCCUCAAAGACAUCUCCGAGAGGGAAUUCGAUCAGUUUCGCGAGAACAUCCUGCCGCAAUUGGCUUCUACGGAAUGUCCGCAUCUGCGGCUCCCGUGCGACAGUAUCAUCGACGACGCCGGGCGGCGCAUCUUGGUGUACAGGCCUGCCACGGAUGAUUUUCUCAGUUUGGUGAAGAAGAAGCAGUUGCCCGAGGGGAAGAGGGCGCGGGGGCGCGCGACGAAGAGGAUUUUGAAGGCCGUGUUGAGGGGCAUUGCGGAGUUGCAUGGGAGGGAUGUGGUUCAUAUGGACAUCCGGCCGGACAAAAUCCACUUCGACUGCCCCCCCGACUCAGCCCCAACCAUCCAAAGCAUCCAACUCGCCAACCUAGAAUCAGCUCUCUACCUACCCCCAGGCCGUCGCUCCUUCCGAGGCAAAUUCCUCGGCCACCCCAGUUGGCGCAGUCCGGAAGCCAUUCUGGGCGCAGAGAUCAAUAAACCGGCGGAUAUGUAUUCCUUCGGGACACUUUGCAUAUGGGCACACAUCUCCCAAGACGCAUCCAUCUUCGCGGCGGACACCAUCCCACUGCACGACGGCGACGACCCGUGGGCCACGCACGCGGUCGUGCGCCUGCAACGCCAGAUCGGGUACUUCGGGGACGAGAAGGGGAUGGCGGGGCUGAUCCGCUACGUCGGGGAGGAGCGGCAGGGGACGUGUGCGUUUCUGAGGCGGCUGUGGGUGGAGAGGAGCAUUGAUGCGGGGGGGCUGGAUUGGGGGAAGGGCGAUGGCGGGGGGCGGAGGGGGAGAAGUUUCGGGAGUUGGUGA